AUGGGCUUGGCGUGCUCGAAGGAAGACAACUGCUGUCUAUCGGAGGACGCGGGCCUCGAAGCCGCCGUCACAAUCGCCCACGAGAUUGGCCAUCUGGUCGGGAUGGAGCACGACGGCAACCCGGGGGUGCCGUGUCCGAACGCCGAUCCGGCCGACAACGCCUCCUAUGUGAUGUCAUCGUUCAAUCGGCCAAACACGGUGCGCUGGUCGCCCUGCAGCAUGGCCAGCAUGCACAAGCUGUCUAGAGAACACGUACUGGACUGCUUCAAGGACGAGCCGAACAACGACGAGUACCCGCUGUUCGACGUGCUGCCGGGCGUGGUCUACGGCAAGGACGAGCAGUGCGUGACGCACUUCCGGAAAAGCAACGUGGUGAUGGGAUAUUGCGAACUGUUGCCCGAGUUCCGCUGCGGCCUGAUGUACUGCAAGCGCCCGAACCCCACCAACGAGUCGCUGAUCGAUUGUUUCGGCGACGGCGUCGCCUACGCGCCCGGCACCUCCUGCCGCGACGAGACCCAAUGGUGCAUGCGCAACAAGUGCGUCCCCAAGGGCACCAUCCCCGAAUCGAUCGACGGCGGCUGGAGCGGCUGGAGCGACUGGUCGCAGUGCUCGCGCACCUGUGGGCGUGGCAUCCAGACCAAGGAGCGCGUGUGCGACAACCCGAAGCCAGUCAACCAGGGCCGCUACUGCACGGGCUUGGCCAAGGAGCGCCGCAUCUGCAACCCGCAAGACUGUCCGCGGGACGCGCCCGCCUUCCGCGUCACUCGCUGCAAGGCCGACGUGAAGGCCCUCAACAUGACCUACCUGCAGGCGGACUUCAUCGAGGCCACGCCCUGCCGCAGCAUGUGCGUGGUGCUAAGCCCCGAGGGCACGCGCGUGCGCGAGAUCGCCGCCAGGGUGAUCGCCGACGGGGCCAAAUGCAAGGUGGGCAACCCGCUCAUGAUGUGCGUGGGCGGCGUCUGCACGGAGAUUCCCUGCGACAACAAGAUGGAGGGGUCGACGGCGGCGGUGGAUGCGUGCGGCACCUGCAACGGCGACGGCACCAUGUGCAGAAAGGUGGAGUACAGCGACAGCGAGAGCGACAAAGAGAUUGCCAACUAUGCGCGGAUGGUGACGGUGGUGCCGGAAGGCGCGCGCAACGUCAAAAUCUGGAACACCGACCGAUGCGGCACGAUGAUCAUGCUGGGCCUGACCGACGAAGAAACCGUCCUGUGGAACCACCUGAGAGUCGGCUACCACAUGGUGCCGCCCAGCAACUUGACGUUCUUUAAAUUCACCCGCGAGUACGGCGCUGUCAACUUCACCAUCCAAUCGGACAAGCGCACGCUCUUCUGGGACUACAACAAGGAGGAUGUGGGCGUCUACUUGCAAUACACCACGGACGAGCUGGACGUGCCGACCAAUUGGAGCUGGAUGGAGCCCACGACCACGCCCCAAUUCGAGCCCGUCUACAAAUGGUCGAUCACCGAGUUCGAGCCGUGCUCGGCCAAGUGCGACGGCGGCGUCCAGGCGCCGAAGCUGCGCUGCUUCGAGCAAAGCUCCGGAUUGGUCAGCGACCAUUUUUGCGAGAAAAUCGACAAGCCCACCGACCCGCCCCAAAAGUGCAACGAGAAGCCCUGCAAGCCCGAAUGGAAGGUGGGCCCGUGGGGCAAGUGCCGCGCCUGCCGCAAGAAGGGCGGCGUGCGCAUCCGCCCCGUCGAAUGCGUGCGCCCCAACCCCAAAGAGUCCGCCGACGACAUUAUAGUGGAGGACAGCGAAUGCACAGACGAGCGGCCCGGCACGGUCGAACUGUGCGCGACGCGCAAGAAGUGCGUGCCGCGCACCCGCAAGUCCAUCUUCGUGCCCGGCCAGUUCCAGAGCGCCAUCUGGCAGCAGAUGCACAAGCUGCACCUGCGCAAGCGCGGCGCCCCGGCACACCCGCUCAGGCCCAGUAAGGCCAGCACCAGGCCCACCACGACCUUCACGUGGACGCCGCCCCCCGUGUCCGACAUACUAAGCAAAGUGGUGGUGGACGAGGCGCAUAUGGGCGACCCCCGGGGUGAACUGCGGGUGGGCCAAGAGAUUGUGGUGCCCAUUCGGGUGGAGGAAUCGAGCGUGACGGAGGCCGAAAACGCGCUGAUGGGCCCCGAGCAGCCCACCCGCAUCGUCAUCGGCUCCACCAUCAUGGAAACCACGCACUUUGCGAACUUUCGCCCCAAUGCGACCGCCCCUUGUGCCAACAGUGGCCCGAAGCCUUAGGGCGACCCGCUUUUUUCAGCUGUUCUUUGUUGCCAUAAUUUUCGCUAAAUAAACGAGGAAAAUGUA